UAAACAAUCAGGGAUGACAUUUUAUUGACAUUUUUUUGAUGUUUAGUUUUUCCGAAAUUUUCAAGAAAAUUGUGAUUUUAGUCACCGGAUCGGUGUAUUUCACUGAAUAACCGGCUGGAAUUGUUAGAAUUUAAGACUCUCAAUAAUAAAUAAUUAGUAUGGUUAGGUUAGAUAGUCCUCAAAUAUAUUUUUCUCUACUUUUUACGAUAUCAUGCAGUUUCUACAACCCUACAGACAGCGAGGCUGUUCAGCUUACAGAGAAAACUUUCGAUAAUACAAUAGCAUCAACUGAAUUAGUGUUUAUUAAUUUCUAUGCCGAUUGGUGUAGGUUUAGUAAUAUGUUAAUGCCGAUUUUUGAUGAGGCAGCAGAUAACAUCAAAAAAGAGUUCCCCGAAGCAGGGAAGGCUGUAUUAGCCAAAGUAGAUUGUGAUAAAGAAAGCUCUAUAGCUAGUAGGUUUCACAUAACUAAAUACCCAACUUUAAAGUUGUUAAGAAACGGACUCCCAGCAAAACGGGAGUACAGAGGUCAGAGAUCAGUGGAAGCCUUCACAAAAUUCAUUCAGAAACAAUUAGAAGACCCCGUUAAAGAGUUUAAACAAAUUAGUGAACUAGGAAAGCUGGAAUCAGACAAAAGAAUUAUUAUUGGGUACUUUGAUAGAAGGGAUCAACCAGAAUAUAGCAUUUUCAGAAGAGUAGCGACAAAUUUGAAAGAUGACUGUCAAUUUCAUGUGGGUUUUGAUGAGGCUUCUCGUCAAAUGCACCCUCCAGGUAACCCAAUUAUAGUCUUUAGGCCUGAUAAAGACAGAUCAACUGAUCUAGACGAGACAUAUCCGGGUAGUUUGAGUAAUUUCGAUGAACUACACAUAUGGGCUCAGGAAAAAUGUGUUCCUCUUAUUAGGGAGAUCACUUUUGAGAAUGCUGAAGAGCUGACAGAAGAAGGGCUUCCAUUUUUGAUUCUGUUCCACAGUCCUGAGGAUACGGAUAGUAUUAAAAAGUAUAAUGAUGUGGUUAAGAAUGAGCUACUAUCAGAAAAACAAUCUAUUACAUUUUUAACUGCUGAUGGCAAGAAGUUUGCCCAUCCUUUGCACCAUUUAGGAAAAAGUGAGCAAGAUUUGCCUCUAAUAGCUAUUGACAGCUUUAGACAUAUGUACCUCUUUCCCAAGUAUGAGGAUAUGGAAAUUCCGGGAAAAUUAAAACAAUUUGUACAGGAUUUGUAUUCAGGUAAACUUCAUAGAGAAUUUCAUUACGGUCCUGAUACGGAUUCGGAAACAGAAAAUCUGCCAACAAAUCCUCCAGAAAGUACAUUCAGAAAAUUAGCACCUUCAAAAAAUAGAUACACAUUAUUAAAGGACGAAUUGUAACAAACAUUAAUUUUUACUCUGUGGUGUGAUGGUAAAAAGUUAAAAAAAAUCAUUUGUUUCUUCAAAAUCCGUGUCAUUUUUGUUAAUUUAUUUUUAUCUAGUAAAGAUAACAUUAAAUUACAUCAUUUUUAUCUCUGAUAUCUUUAUGUUUUUAUUUGAAUGCAAUUUUAAAUAAAAGUAACAUCACUUAAAAUAAACCCAUUUCAAUUUUUUCUGCACUAUAAACAAAAGAU